GAUUAGAUGAUUUAAGCCACCAGUUGAAGGGGUGUAAUUUAAUGGGCACAGAUGUCUUAAGAAUAUUUAUAAUAAAGUGAAAAGAUGGCAUUGUUUUCUCAGUCAAAUGUGGGUAAAGGCUCUGAUUCAUUUACAGACUUUUGCUGUUCACCGUGUCAAGAGCACAAAAUUGACCAGUGGGCCGAGUUUUACUGCGAUAACUGUCUAAAAUUUUAUUGUGCAAAAUGCAUUAACUUGCAUGGUCAGUUGUUUGGAAAACAUGUGACAUAUGGAAGGGGAGACACAAGUAAGUGGCCAGUGUGCAAGGAAGUAGAGGAUUUCAUUCAGAAAUGUGACCAUGAAGACAAACGGCUAGAGAUGUUUUGUAAUGACCACAAUCAGCUGUGCUGCACUAAUUGUGCUUUCCUCAAUCACAGACAAUGUGCUAAAGUAGUGCUUAUAUCUGAGUCAGUUAAAGGACCUUUGCUAGACUUGCAGCAACUAUCAAGAAAGAUUCGAACUGUUCUUGUAGAACUAAAAAAACUUCAGAAUUAUUGGGACACCAAUAUGCAGUCUUUGCAGGUUUUGUACAACAAACAAUUACAUGAAAUAGGUCAAACACGCCAGAAAAUAAAUACAAUUUUAGACGAGAUUGAGAAGACAACAUUGAAAGAGCUAGAAGAUAAGAUGACGAGUCUAAAAGCUUCGGUCAACACUAAUGUGGACAAUUGCAGCAAGCUUAAAAAUGAACUGACACGACUCAGAGACACAAUACAUGACAUUGUUGAUAAGGGUAAAGCAGAACUCUCGUUUAUUGCAAGUAAAAAAUGUCUGGAAAAAAUUAAUCAGUCUGAAACAUAUCUGAAAGAGAACUUCGUUCAGGUAGAAAGUUCACUGACAUUCCAUGUUGACAGUGAUUUUCAAGAGCACUUGUCUAAAUUGUCAGGUCUGGGCAGGAUUGUGGUAUGUACUCAGGCUGUACCUCUGCCUGGUGCCCCAAACAAGGUAUUGACUGUGCAAGGACAGUCAGAAUAUGAUGUGAAGAUACCAAGUGAUACAACGAAGAGAAUUGAUAUAAGUGCCAUCUGUGUUCUCUCAAAUGAUCAGAUCCUUGUUGCAGAUCAUGGUAAUAAAAGAGUCAAGCUACUAGAUCAUCAAUACCAGGUGGUGGGAAAUUGUGAUUUUAAUGCUUGUCCAAUGGACAUGUGUAUUAUCACACCAAGUGAAGUAGCUGUUUCUGUGGUUGGCAAUAAGACACAUGGGGCUCAGUUUGUCUCGAUUAAUGAUGGGCGACUGGUUAAGGGCAGGAAGCUAAAAUUUAAACAUCCAUGUCAUGGUAUUGCUAAUAAUCAGCAAGACCUGUAUCUCACCUCUGGUACUGCACUUUACAAGUAUUCAAUGAGUGGAGACCUGCUAAAUAAGCUGUAUGAGGAUACAUCAGACGAUUUCGUAGUAAAUAUGUGUGCAAUGAGUCCGUCAGGUGACAAGAUAUUUGUCACAAACUCUGCACAGGGCAAGGUCAUCACCCUGGCCAGAGAUGGUACAGUCAUCUGCACCUUCAACGACCUAGAAUUAGUAUGGCCGCGUGGUAUACAUGUGACAGCUCAGGGACAGGUGCUGGUCUGUGGACAUUUCUCGCACAUUAUCCUACAGCUGGAUGGUGAAGGCAAGAAGAAGAUGGCACAUCUUGUUACCUGGAGUGAUGGACUGUUUGACCCAAUGUCUGUCUGCUACAAUAGGAGCUCAUCAUCCAUCAUUGUGGGUCAAAAAGAUUGUGACAACAUCCUUGUGUUUAAAGUUAAAUAGUUUUGAUUCACAAGAUUAUGUACAUACAUUUUGGAAAAUGUACUUGCAACAUGAAUGCUACGCAACACCACAUUUGUUUUAAGUGUUCUGUUUCAUCUCAUGAUUCACCUGGAUGAUUUAUUUUGUUCCCCAAUAAUGUAAGAUCAUAAAUAAGUUUAAAAAAAUUACUUUCAUAAAAAAAAUCAUGACAUCAAGGAUAUCUUAUUAGGUGUUAUUUUUAAUUGUAUAAUUCUCCCUGGAUGAUUUAUUAUGUUGUCACGCACUUUAAAAGUAAGCUACCAUCUGUUCCAAGGAAUCAAUUGAAUCGCUCUGAUGAUUAUUUUUCAUUUGAAUAGUAUAUAAUCCGUGUAUUUUUAUGAUUUUGAUCUAUGUCUUGGAAAUGAGGAAUAUGUAUAUAUGUAACUUACUUGUUUUCAUUUGUGAUGCUCUUAAAUAUGUUUAUGUGAUUGUUAUGCAAAGUAAAAUUAAUAAUAGGAUGCAAAUGAGGAGAGAACGUUUUACAUUUUCAAGAAAUGUUUUGUUUCAUAGAGUAACAAUUGAUGUUGUGUACAGAUUUCUUCCAUUGCUGUUUUUAGAUAUUAUUUUUUAUGUAAAUUUACAUGUAUUUAAUGUAUGUCAAACGUGUUAUUGGUCGUUACCUUUCACGAUAUCGCCUAUUCAGCACAACAAUUUUCCAACUCGAUUUUUUAAGGUUUUUAAGAAGAAGAAAAAUCUUUGGUAUAAUGUUGCUUCUAAAGAUAUGCCAUAAUAUUUGUUUUCUUAAAAUAAUCUUAUUUUGAAAUACUGUAUUAAAUAUAUCUUCACUACAAGAUAUGAUAAAAGAGAUAUUAACCAUUAUUGAAGUUAGAACAGUUUCCCACUAAAAACAGAGUUAUUUGCUUUUUAUUUGGGGAACACUGUUUUAACUCAAGUUAUAACAGUAUUCCACCUAAGAAUUGUUGUUGUUUGCCCAUAUUAAACGUGUGCAACACUGUUCCAAGUUAAUUUAUGAUUCACACUUAUUUAAUUAUGGCUGUUUAUGAAAUAAACCUUUUAUAAACACUUAAUUAAAUGUCUGUUACACAAAACUCAAGAUAAUAUAUUUACACUGUGUUUGUUAAUUUUGCAAUUAUUAUGCUGCUUAAAAAUGUUCAAUUCAAUUUCACAUUCACCUUGUAGUUUUCAAGGAGUGGCAAGUGGAAUGGAUUACCAGAAUCAAAAAUUGAAUUUUCACAUUUACAUUCACUUCAAUAUUGCUUAGCGGUAAUAACUACUUUGUACAUAAGAGACACUAUUUUUUGUAUUGUAUUACCAAAUUUGAAAUAUGGUAGUAUAACUCAUAAAUAUAUUUUUUUAUUACAAUUGUUGCUUUCUUAUUUUAAAUGAAUUGCCAGACCCGGUUGACUUGUUCAUAUUGUCAAAAAUCUUAAACAAGCUAGCUACGCAUAAACAACAAACUUAGAUAAACAUUAAUAAAUAUAUCAAAGUUGGCAAAAUUGCUAAUAAAAAAUGACUGCGUGCGUGAUGUAUACUGUUGGAUUGGCAGUGUAUUUGCAAGUCUAAAACGGAAAAUUUUAAUCACCACUUAACUGUAAAUGUUUAUUACUAUCAGAUGUUAUUUGGUUAUUACUGACAUCUGACACCAAGCUGUGUAUUCUAUAUCCAAGUCGUAAAAGUGAAAGCGUAUGCUAUGGGCAAUUCAAAUUACUUGUAGUAUUUGGUGAAACACUGUUAGUUUAAUAAAAAGAAAAUUAAAUG